AAAAAAAUACACUUAAUAGCAUAGCAUGACGAUACAUUUAUACAAAACUUCUAUCCCGAGCACACGCAAUGGAGCCGUAGACAGUCAAGUGAAAUCUAAUUCACGAAAUCGUUUGAUUUCUGGACAGCAUCAUUGUGAUAAAGGCCGUAAUGCUAGAGGAAUCAUUACCGCAGGGCAUAGAGGGGGGGGUCAUAAGCGUCUAUACCGUAAAAUUGAUUUUCGACGGAAUGAAAAAGACAUAUAUGGUAGAAUCAUAACUAUAGAAUACGACCCUAAUCGAAAUGCACACAUUUGUCUCAUACACUAUGGGGAUGGUGAGAAAAGAUAUAUUUUACACCCCAGAGGGGCUAUAAUUGGAGAUACCGUUGUUUAUGGUACAGAAGUUCCUAUAAAAAUGGGAAAUGCCCUACCUUUGACCGAUAUGCCCUUAGGCACGGCCAUACAUAACAUAGAAAUAACACUUGGAAGGAGGGGGCAAUUAGCUAGAGCAGCAGGUGCUGUAGCGAAACUGAUUGCAAAAGAGGGGAAAUCAGCAACAUUAAAAUUACCUUCUGGAGAGGUCCGUUUGAUAUCCAAAAACUGCUCAGCAACAGUCGGACAAGUAGGGAAUGUUGGGGCAAACCAGAAAAGUUUGGGCAGAGCCGGAGCUAAACGUUGGCUAGGUAAGCGUCCUGUAGUAAGGGGGGUAGCUAUGAACCCUGUAGACCAUCCACACGGGGGUGGUGAAGGGAAGGCCCCAAUUGGUAGAAAAAAACCCUCAACUCCUUGGGGUUAUCCCGCACUUGGAAGAAGAACUAGAAAAAGGAAUAAAUAUAGUGAUAAUUUGAUUCUUCGUCGCCGUAGUAAAUAGUGUAGAGUAGAGAAAAUACAAUUUGUUUUUUCGUCUUUACAAAAGAAAAAAAAACGGAUUUACUAAAAUCAUUAUAUGAUUUUCUUUUUUGAAAGAUCAUAUCAUUUUAUUUUUAAAAAUAGUUUUCGAAAUUGGAGGACAAAUAAUUAACUAUGACACGUUCACAAAAAAAAAAUCCUUUUGUAGCGACUCAUUUAUUAAGAAAAAUAAAUAA